CGACAAGUGCAGAAAAACAACUAUGGAUCCGUAAGCAGAAAAGGAUCUCCAUCGAUUCCAUCGCUCCACCACAAUUGGUGGGGAUUAAAUAAGAACACUACACAGACCGCAAAAGAAAGCCAACCCUUUUCAGAUUCCUCAGAACACUAAUUCUCAGACUCAGUUUACAUCAGUGGAAGUUGUUUCAGGAAUCUUCAAGUCCUGCGUUAGAGUUUGACCUGGGUAAUUAAUUCUGUCUCCUUCUGAGCCUUCCAUUACAAUAUUAACCGACUUUCAGGAACAAAAUCUCAACUGUGUUCUUCGUCAAGUUCCAAGCUUGGUAGUAGUAUUCUGACUGAAAUGAGUGUCAUUUCCUUCCCUCGGGAUGAACUUCUUUUUCCCUUAAGAUCUUCAUCAUCUCUUGUCUUUAUGUGUUUGUCCAACGUUUCAAUAUGGAAGUCUCUUGAUCAGUUCCUUCAUUGUUCUUUUCCCAGGCAAGUUUGACAGCUAGGCUUAAAGAGAAAAACAUAGAAACAGAAUUUUGAAUGAUGAUACCUUCGGCUUCAUCGUUGAUAAGUGUCACAUUUCUGCAGAAAGUUUGUAUCUUUACGAACAAACAUCUUUGGCUCCACAAUAGAUUCUCAAAAAGAAACCAAAUUUAGCCUGAGCCACAGAAUUUCAUUCCUUGUUUGACUUGCAACUUUGACGUUGAACAUCUUGCUUUUGCUACCAGGGAAUCUCUUUUGACCUUGUUGCAGGCUAACAGAGGAAGCGUGUCAGAAAAAUGUAUCUGGUGGAGAGCAAAGGGGGAGCUAUAGCUUGUAUGUUCUUGUCCCUCUUCUUCUUGGGGACAUGGCCAGCUAUCUUGACUCUACUCGAACGUCGAGGACGCCUUCCUCAACACACUUACCUUGAUUACUCCAUAACCAAUCUCCUAGCUGCAGUCAUUAUAGCCUUGACAUUUGGCCAGAUUGGGAGCAGCACUCAUGAAAGCCCUAACUUUUUCCCUCAGCUUUCUCAGUUGGGAGAUAAUUGGCCUUCAGUUCUUUUUGCCAUGGCUGGCGGUUUAGUUCUCAGCCUUGGCAAUCUCUGCACACAGUAUGCUUGGGCUUUUGUUGGCCUGUCUGUCACAGAAGUCAUCACUUCUAGCCUUGUUGUAGUUAUAGGAACAACCUUAAACUAUUUCUUGGAUAACAAAAUCAACAGAGCAGAGAUUCUAUUCCCAGGAGUGGCUUGCUUCUUCAUUGCUGUUUGUUUUGGUUCAGCUGUCCAUUCAUCGAAUUCUGCAGAUAACAAAGCCAAGCUCAGUAGCUUACCAACUGAUCGGAAAAAUGGUGAAAAUGUUGGAAAUGGUAGCAAUACUGGAAACAAGGCGGUAGCUGGAACAGCAGAUUUCCUUAUUGAACUUGAAAACCGAAGAUCCAUCAAGGUAUUUGGGAAGAGCACGAUGAUAGGCUUGGCCAUAACAUUCUUCGCGCGGCUUCUGCUUCUCUCUCUUCUCACCAGCUUUCAACUUGGCAACCAACGAUCAAUGGCACGCGCAUAUCUCAACGACUGGAACGGCAGAGGUUGGGCUUUUCUGGCUGGUCUUCUGUGUGGGUUUGGGAAUGGGUUGCAGUUUAUGGGAGGCCAAGCUGCUGGUUAUGCAGCUGCAGAUGCUGUUCAGGCACUACCACUUGUGAGCACAUUUUGGGGGAUACUGAUCUUCAAAGAGUACCGAAAAUCUUCCAGAAGAACAUACAUAUUGCUUGUGGCUAUGCUUUCCAUGUUCAUUGCUGCCGUCGGAAUCCUCAUGGCGUCUUCUGGCCAUCGAAAAUGACCAGUCUUUGAUGCAUGGAUAAUCAAUUUUCUUGGGAAGAAGUAUGUAACACACUGUUGUCUAUUAUAGUAGGAAAAUCAAAACUUCCUUACAAAUUCAAUAUAUGGUAAACUUUUGUUGCUAAUAAGGCCCAGCGAGAAAACGGCUGCGCCUAGGGAUGGCAAUGGGGCGGGUUUGGGGCGGGUUUGUCUAAAUCAUCCCCAUCUUCAAAUACCCAAACCCAUACCCGCCCCAUACCCAUGCGGGGAAUGUUUUGCAAACCCAUCCCCAUACUCGUGGGUUUCGGGUACCCAUGGGUAAUACCCGUACCCAAAAUUUAUUAUACCUAAAAUUUACAAGAAAGUUUUUAAUUAUUACUCUAAACGAACCUAUUAUUUCAUGAAGUCAACAAAACACGAUCAUUUUCUUAAUACGGUUCAAAGUAUAUGAUUCUAAAACAUCCAUUAAUACAUAAUAUAGAGUAUAAUAUUUUUCAAAUUAUUAUCUUCUAACUCUUAUACAUCUACUAAGUAAUAAUUAACUAACAUAAUCUUGUAGACAAGGGGGAAAGUGAAAGGAGAAUUGAGGGAAAUGAAUUAGAUUUUGAUUA